AUGCUUCCUUCCGCACUUGCUCACUGGAACUAUGACCGUCUUAUUCACAAGGGAGCCAUCGUGGGUGACUAUUACACCUACAUCCGACGCACCACGAAUUCGAACUCUCCUAUCACGGAUGUUACCUCGACCGAUAUGCGGUGCAAUGCCGGCGGGUCCUCGGGUGCUUCCACAUCAACCUACACUGUAGCGGCAGGAGACGAGAUUGGCUUCAUGAUCGACACUAAUUUUGGACACCCUGGCCCGCAACAAGUGUACAUCUCGAAAGCCCCCGGCCUCGCGAAGGACUACGAUGGUUCCGGAUCCUGGACCAAGAUAUACGCUGCUACAACCAAGGCAAUUACCGAUCAAGGGUUGCAAUGGUCCACAGACAACAUUGGCAGCUUCCUCUUCAAUAUCCCGUCCACUAUUCCUGCAGGCGAAUACUUGGUGAGAGCGGAAGGUCUGGCUUUGCACGGUGCCAGCACGCAGGGCGGCGCGCAAUGGUAUCUCGGGUGCGCGCAAAUUAAGGUCACUGGUGGCGGGAGCGCGACUCCGGGCAAUACAGUGAAGAUUCCUGGAUACGUGACCGGAAAAGAGCCAGGCGUCCUGAUCAAUAUUUAUUAUCCUGUACCAACGAACUACACGACGCCAGGUGGGGCGCUAUGGCCAGCGGGGACGAAGGAACUUUCUGUCGUAAAGACAUUGUAG